CUCCAACCAUCAUUCGUCACACUCACCGUGCCCACAUAUCAUUGUUUUAACUAGUUGCUUCUCGAAGUAAACCAAGUACCAUUAUAAUUUCUUUCGCAUUUAGUGAAUUUAUCCAAAGCAGAGGAGAUGGCCUGCCAACAGAUUAUUUUGUCAGCAGGUGUCCUUGUGUGUUUACUUUUACAUUUCUGCAUGUGCCUGAAAGCGGCACCAAACGUUUCUUUGCUCUAUAGUCAUUUGCCGCGGGAAGGUUUCAUUCACAUAGACAAUGGAACAAGCAGGGGGCUAGUUUGCGGAGAUUUUGUGGAUCGCCAAAGUGCUGAUGUUAUUUGCCGUACACUUGGUUUCACUGGCAUGUUUGGGAUCGACUACUACGGUCCAGAUUUUUUUCCGUCAAAUUUCUAUCCGGAGCCUUCUCUUCGUGAGAGAUAUGUAUGUAAUGGAUCUGAGGAUACCCUAGCCAGGUGCGUAUCAGUGCCUGAAACAUCGAAUUGCAGCAGUGCGGCGUGGGUUGUGUGUACGAACAAUACAGUGAGAAUAAACAGGAUCAAUGAAAUGAUUCCGCAGGGAGUGGUAGAAGUCUAUUCUGGUGGUCGUUGGAGUUCUCUCUGCUAUUCAGGUCGAAGAUCGGAAAGCGGUGGACAUGUCCUGUGCAGGACGAUAGAUUAUCCAGGACUUGCUUAUUCGCGUAACACCUCCAGGGUUAUGUUGACUUGCAACGGCUCCGAGAAUAGCAUCGAUGACUGCAGCACAUACAGUGUGCAUUAUAUACGUUGUAGGAGUGUUUUAUAUAUUCGUUGCCAGCCUGCAGUUCGGUUGGUUGAAGAUGACUGUUCAUCAAGAGGAAGAGUGGAAGUCUAUAGCAAUGGCUCUUGGGGACCCGUUUGUGAUGAGGAUUUUACAAUGGAAGAUGCAACCCUCGUCUGCCAAAUGCUCGGAUUAGACUUUGAAGAUUUCCUAUCCUUGGACCAGUCUGUGUCCUUAGGAUCUCCUCAUCCCUCGAAAUUGAUUAAUCCACGUUGCACAUUUAUGGAUACAGAUAUCAGGAGCUGCCUUCAAGAUGAACAUGCAACGUGCAGUACAUAUGCCGCAGUCAGAUGCACAGAUCCUCUGAAUGAAUGUCCAUCGGAUCCAAACCUAGACUCUACAUUUUCCUGGACAUCUAGUUGGGAUUUAGGUUCUCCAGACCAGUCACCGGAACCUUCCACUACUCUUAGAUCUCAGUUAAUACCGUCUAUGGAAUCACAAAUUACUCAAGCAAGCAAUCUUACGGUACGACUAGUCAACGGAAGUACUUCAGAAGAAGGGAGAGUUGAGGUCUACAUCAAUGGAAGAUGGGGUACUGUGUGUGAUGACUCAUGGGAUGAUACUGAUGCUACAGUUGUCUGUCAAAGUCUGGGAUUUAGUCCUGGUAUAGCACGAGGAAACGCUCACUUCGGACAAGGUUCAGGUGAUAUCCUUCUAUCUGAGGUAUCAUGUGUUGGAAAUGAAACUAAUCUGCUCGAUUGUUCUAAUGGUGGAAUCGGCGUUCAUGACUGUUCACACUCUGAGGAUGCGGGAGUAGUCUGCUCAUCAGACGAAGAUUAUCAAGAAAUGUCAAGCUUCUAUUAUAGUCCUACAAUGGAUUUCCAUACUCAACCAGAGUUAUCAACACUUUACACUACCCAAGCACGCACUUCUAGUGCCACAACCAAGGAACCCGUCAACGAAGCAAUUAAUGAGAUAGUGAAUAAAACAAUCACGACUGAAAAUAUAGAAGGAAUAUCGGAAGAGUUGGCAGAUAUCACAGAAACGUCAGCUGGAUUCGAUGAAGAAGCUUUGCAGUCAGUCUCUGACAAAUUGACUAGUAUCGCUGGAUUUGCAUCAGACCAGAACUUAACUGAAGAUGCCGUUGUGCAAGUAUCAGAAAGUGUGAUAGAAACAGUGGACAACAUCUUAAAUCUGGAAGAUGGUACCUUCGAGACAACUGGCUCCCAAGAGACUUCAAAGAAUAUACUGUCGACAAUAUCUACAAUUACCGAAGCAAUUCAAAGAACAUCCACCAACAACUUCACGUACAGCGGAUCAAACAUUGUGCUAGCUGCCGUCAAAGUAGACAGGACCAGUUUUCCACUGAGGACAGCCAUAGGUGGAGACGGGGAUGACGUAGUCGAUAUUUCAUCCAAUGAUCAGAAUCCUGAUGUGGCCGGCGUAGCGUCAGUUCUACUGCCAGAAGCAAUUCUACAUUCAGUAGGCCUACAAGGUGAAAGCGAGGCGGUAUCCGUUAGCGUCUUUCUUAUGAAGUCUCCAAAACUGUUUCAGGGUGAGGGCACUUCUUCAUCAAGUUCUCCGGUGGUUGGAGGCACGGAUAAUCUGCAGCCUGAGACAAUAACAGUCGUUGCUUCCCCUAUCCUGAGUGUGACCGUUGAGGGCGCUGAUAUCAAAGAACUUCCUGACAGUGAAGCAAUUGUUUUUGAAUUUCCCGUUAACAUGAGUUUUGCUGGAGAGUUCAACGACACCAAGAUUAGAGAAAACUGUGUGUAUUGGAACGUCGAAUUAAAUGAAUGGUCGGAAGAAGGGUGUAGAACUGACAACACUGAUACUACCUUUACAAGCAUGGUGACAUGUCGGUGUAAUCAUCUCACAAGCUUCGCUGUUCUAUUGGAUAUCAAGGGAAGUGUUGAAUCUCGAGUCAUUGAUCUGAUCAGUCGCAUUGGUUGCAUUGCUUCUAUAAUCUGUCUUAUUCUCACUCUCUGUAUUCUUCUAGGUUUUAGAAAACUGCGGAGAAAACAACCACAACAGAUCCUCAUUAAUCUGACGUUUGCCCUUCUGGCCCUUUACGUCACAUUCGUCAUUGGUAUUGAUCGUCCUAGCUGGAACAUAGGGUGCACAGUUGUUGCUAUCCUGCUUCACUACUUCUGCCUUGCAUCCCUCUCUUGGAUGGGUGUAGAAGCAUUCAGUAUGUACAUGUCCUUCGUCAGGGUUAUGGACACCUACAUCCCAAAGCUAAUCUUAAAGUGCUGUCUCGUCGGGUGGGGUUUCCCCUUCGUAGUCGUCAUAGCAACAGUUGCCGGCAAAUGGACUGCUUACCAAAACCUUGAGUAUUGCUUCAUUUCACCUGGACCCUCGUUAUACUUUGGGAUGAUUCUUCCAAUCGGUGCGAUCCUGGCCUUCAAUAGCAUCAUCUUUACUAUCGUCAUCUACAAGCUUACCUGUGGCAGAAAGACCUUCGCUGCUACAAACACCCGGAUGUCGAAGAAAGAAACCAUGGCGAAGACCAGGGAAGAAGCCAUCCGUCGGGCUCAAAACGUUGUUGCAAUCGGAACACUGCUUGGUCUCACAUGGUCAUUUGGCUUCCUGGCUGUAGGUAAUGGUCGCGUGGCAUUCAAUGCCCUGUUCGCCAUAUUCAAUUCUCUUCAAGGAGUCUUUGUCUUCUUUCUAUUUGGAAUCAGACAACCGGAAGUGAAAGACAAACUGAGGGCAACUCGGAGACGUUUGCUGCAUGGUGUUAGAUCUGCGCGUAGAGGUUCUGAUUUCUGGAGCUCAUCUUUUGACGGGCCCACUACCUCUCGGCCAUCUGUCAUUUCCAUCGUCUCCCAGGCUCCCAAAUCUACCAAUGAACCACAGCAUGCGAUACGCUCAGAACAAGAACCUGCUGCAAAUUCUGAGUCAUCGGAUACUUUUUUGUAGAGUACGAUGCCCAUCAUUGAUGGGUGAAGUACAUGUAUGACUCAUCAAAUUUGAUCUAUAAGUGUAAUAUUGCGCAUUUUUUAAUUUCUCUCUACACAAUCCACAAAGCUACUCUUUUUCAUAUUAAAAAAACAACGAGAAGGGGGAGGGAAAAGUUAACAAUGUCACAUUUUUUUACACGUAAUGUGUGUUAUGUCAAAACUUAUCCAGAUGUUAGAUUUUGUUUACAAAAUCGACAUUUUCACCUUUGGUUUGCUCGCAACUUUUAAGAAAUACGCCUAAUUUUGCGCGUCUUAGAAUUGUUUACUCAUUAGAACAAUCCAAGUCAAAGUCAAUUACAAGUUCUGUCCAUGAACUGAAUGAAAAUUGAAGCUGUAUCAAAGUUAUACGUACAUUAUUGAAGAACGGGGUGUGAAUUAAGAAACAAAAAAAUUGGACCGUCGAAUUCUUAUUUUCUCGGAGCGGAAAGCGCUGAGGAAAAACAUGGCCACGAGGUAAAAGCUGGUCUACACAAUAUCUACUUGAGUAGAAAUCCUUGAUGAAUUUUUCAUGUUGGCAUGUUACAUGUUAUUUCUUAAAUCAACAUUGUCAUGAAAGUCUGAUGCAUAUAUUAAGAUCUGGAUUCAAUCAUUAAGCAAGCAGAAAUAUAGAUUACAUUUUUUCGGGGGCAGAAUUCCAAAAUGAUUACAGAUUCCAACAAUUAAAUUUGGUGUCAUAUACCUUCUAAGCAAAAUAGUACAACAGGCAACAUCGGUUUAAAUUCGAACUCAGCUGUUCUAUAAAAUCAACAAACACGAACUCAAGGUAGUCAACAAGAUACGAAAUGGUUUUGUGUACCUGUUAAUGAUGUUUUCUGAUCAGUUAUGAAGGUAAUGUUGCACGAUCAAGUUUGUUUGACUCAAACAGUUUGACCUUGAGGCGAAGACUGAGUCCGGUACUGUCGAUUUCUCUGGAAUUCCAGCUCUUCAUCUAGUGUCUUGUCCGCUAGAUCAAUUGAUUGAGGCUGAGUUGGAACACCAGGCUUAAAUCUUCAAGAUAAGAUAAAACAGGAUUCGAUGGCGGCCUAGCAAUAU